AUGUGCGACUGCUUCCACAUGGUGCUGCCCACCUGGCCCGGAGCCCCCGGCAGUGGGCCCGGCCGGCAGCUGCAGCCCGGGGUGCCAGACGCAGACGCCGAGGGCCACGCUGUCACCGAGGGGCCCGCGGACGAGAUCAUCCGGCCGCGGCCACAGGGGUCCUCGCCUGUCUACGAAUGCGUGACUGAGGGCUUCGGGAUCCCGGAAGACACGCCGAGCAGACGAGCCUCCGCAGGGCGACGGAGGUCCUGGUGGAAGCGGGAUUCUGGGGACUCCCGGACGUUUUCCAGGAUGAGUCGUACAGAGGCCCUGCUGUGCUUCUGCCCUGCCCUGCAGGAGGCAACAGAGGUGACGCUGAAGACCGAGGCAGAGGCUGGUGCCAGUGGCUAUAGCGUCACGGGUGGCGGAGACCAGGGCAUCUUUGUCAAGCAAGUGCUGCAGGGCUCCUCGGCCGCCAGGCUCUUCAGCCUGAGAGAAGGGGACCAGCUGCUUAGCGCCACCAUUUUCUUCGACAACAUCAGCUAUGAGGAUGCUCUCAAAAUCCUUCAGUACUCAGAGCCGUACAAGGUCCAGUUCAGGAUCAAACGGAAACUUCCGCCCGGCGGGGAUGAAGAGUGGGCCUGCAGCACAGCUCAGCACGCCUCAAAGCGCGAGGGGAAGCAGGGCGCAGAUGUUGCUGACGGGAGCACAGACACCCCAGUGAGGACGGUGGAGGGAGACGGAGACCAGGAGAGACUCAUCUCCAAACCCAGGGAGGGCCGGAGCCGGCGGCCGCAGGGGGAGAGGCUCUCCUGGCCCAAGUUCCAAGCCAUAAGAAGCAAGCGAGGGCCGCGGAGGUCACACAGCUCCUCGGAGGCCUACGAGAGGGGCACAGUCCUGGACGUGUCCCCCACGAGCUCAGACACAGAGGCCCGGCUCCCGGCAGAGGAGCGGGAGCAGAGGGCAGGGCCCGGCAGCCAGCGGAGGAGGAGGUUCCUGAACCUGCGGUUCAAGAAGGACGGAGAGGGCAGUGAUGAAGACGACGGGAAAGCAUUCAGACAAACCCGGAGGAAGCCAAAUGGAAGACAGAAGGAAGAAAAAAUGGAGGUGGAUAUAGGCCUGGGGGUCAAGGAGGUGGGCGUCCGGGACGGCAAGUUCAAGAUGCCCAAGUUCAAGAUGCCGUCCUUCGGCGUGUCGGCGGCCGGCAAGCCCCUCGAGGCCUCGGUGGACGUGUCGCUGCCCUCGCUGCAGGCCGACGUGAAGACCAGUGACCUCAGCGUGCAGCUGCCCUCUGCCGACGUGGACGUCAAGGCCGGCGAGCUGGGCGUGAGGCUGCCCGCGGGCCCGCUGCCCGAGGGCCAGCUCCAGGGCCCGGCCGCCGGGGCCGGACUCAAGGGCCACCUGCCCAAGGUGCAGAUGCCCAGCAUCAAGAUGCCGAAAGUGGACUUCAAGGGCCCCCAGGUGGACAUCAAGGGGCCCAAGCUGGACGUGAGGGGCGCCAAGGGCGAGGUGACCGGCCCCGACGUGGAGGCGUCGCUGCCCGGCGUGGAGCUGGACAUCCAGGCGCCCGGCGCCACGCUGGAGGGCGACGUCGGCCUCGGGGACAAGGAGGGGGCCAGCAAGUUCAAGAUGCCCAAGUUCAAGAUGCCGUCCUUCGGCGUGUCGGCGGCCGGCAAGCCCCUCGAGGCCUCGGUGGACGUGUCGCUGCCCUCGCUGCAGGCCGACGUGAAGACCAGUGACCUCAGCGUGCAGCUGCCCUCUGCCGACGUGGACGUCAAGGCCGGCGAGCUGGGCGUGAGGCUGCCCGCGGGCCAGCUGCCCGAGGGCCAGCUCCAGGGCCCCGCCGCCGGAGCCGGACUCAAGGGCCACCUGCCCAAGGUGCAGAUGCCCAGCAUCAAGAUGCCGAAAGUGGACUUCAAGGGCCCCCAGGUGGACAUCAAGGGGCCCAAGCUGGACGUGAGGGGCGCCAAGGGCGAGGUGACCGGCCCCGACGUGGAGGCGUCGCUGCCCGGCGUGGAGCUGGACAUCCAGGCGCCCGGCGCCACGCUGGAGGGCGACGUCGGCCUCGGGGACAAGGAGGGGGCCAGCAAGUUCAAGAUGCCCAAGUUCAAGAUGCCGUCCUUCGGCGUGUCGGCGGCCGGCAAGGAGCUGGGGACGUCCGUGGACGUGCCGGCGCCCAAGGCCUCGGUGGACGUGUCGCUGCCCUCGCUGCAGGCCGACGUGAAGACCAGUGACCUCAGCGUGCAGCUGCCCUCUGCCGACGUGGACGUCAAGGCCGGCGAGCUGGGCGUGAGGCUGCCCGCGGGCCAGCUGCCCGAGGGCCAGCUCCAGGGCCCCGCCGCCGGAGCCGGACUCAAGGGCCACCUGCCCAAGGUGCAGAUGCCCAGCAUCAAGAUGCCGAAAGUGGACUUCAAGGGCCCCCAGGUGGACAUCAAGGGGCCCAAGCUGGACGUGAGGGGCGCCAAGGGCGAGGUGACCGGCCCCGACGUGGAGGCGUCGCUGCCCGGCGUGGAGCUGGACAUCCAGGCGCCCGGCGCCACGCUGGAGGGCGACGUCGGCCUCGGGGACAAGGAGGGGGCCAGCAAGUUCAAGAUGCCCAAGUUCAAGAUGCCGUCCUUCGGCGUGUCGGCGGCCGGCAAGCCCCUCGAGGCCUCGGUGGACGUGUCGCUGCCCUCGCUGCAGGCCGACGUGAAGACCAGUGACCUCAGCGUGCAGCUGCCCUCUGCCGACGUGGACGUCAAGGCCGGCGAGCUGGGCGUGAGGCUGCCCGCGGGCCAGCUGCCCGAGGGCCAGCUCCAGGGCCCCGCCGCCGGAGCCGGACUCAAGGGCCACCUGCCCAAGGUGCAGAUGCCCAGCAUCAAGAUGCCGAAAGUGGACUUCAAGGGCCCCCAGGUGGACAUCAAGGGGCCCAAGCUGGACGUGAGGGGCGCCAAGGGCGAGCUGACCGGCCCCGACGUGGAGGCGUCGCUGCCCGGCGUGGAGCUGGACAUCCAGGCGCCCGGCGCCACGCUGGAGGGCGACGUCGGCCUCGGGGACAAGGAGGGGGCCAGCAAGUUCAAGAUGCCCAAGUUCAAGAUGCCGUCCUUCGGCGUGUCGGCGGCCGGCAAGGAGCUGGGGACGUCCGUGGACGUGCCGGCGCCCAAGGCCUCGGUGGACGUGUCGCUGCCCUCGCUGCAGGCCGACGUGAAGACCAGUGACCUCAGCGUGCAGCUGCCCUCUGCCGACGUGGACGUCAAGGCCGGCGAGCUGGGCGUGAGGCUGCCCGCGGGCCAGCUGCCCGAGGGCCAGCUCCAGGGCCCCGCCGCCGGAGCCGGACUCAAGGGCCACCUGCCCAAGGUGCAGAUGCCCAGCAUCAAGAUGCCGAAAGUGGACUUCAAGGGCCCCCAGGUGGACAUCAAGGGGCCCAAGCUGGACGUGAGGGGCGCCAAGGGCGAGGUGACCGGCCCCGACGUGGAGGCGUCGCUGCCCGGCGUGGAGCUGGACAUCCAGGCGCCCGGCGCCACGCUGGAGGGCGACGUCGGCCUCGGGGACAAGGAGGGGGCCAGCAAGUUCAAGAUGCCCAAGUUCAAGAUGCCGUCCUUCGGCGUGUCGGCGGCCGGCAAGCCCCUCGAGGCCUCGGUGGACGUGUCGCUGCCCUCGCUGCAGGCCGACGUGAAGACCAGUGACCUCAGCGUGCAGCUGCCCUCUGCCGACGUGGACGUCAAGGCCGGCGAGCUGGGCGUGAGGCUGCCCGCGGGCCCGCUGCCCGAGGGCCAGCUCCAGGGCCCCGCCGCCGGAGCCGGACUCAAGGGCCACCUGCCCAAGGUGCAGAUGCCCAGCAUCAAGAUGCCGAAAGUGGACAUCAAGGGCCCCCAGGUGGACAUCAAGGGGCCCAAGCUGGACGUGAGGGGCGCCAAGGGCGAGGUGACCGGCCCCGACGUGGAGGCGUCGCUGCCCGGCGUGGAGCUGGACAUCCAGGCGCCCGGCGCCACGCUGGAGGGCGACGUCGGCCUCGGGGACAAGGAGGGGGCCAGCAAGUUCAAGAUGCCCAAGUUCAAGAUGCCGUCCUUCGGCGUGUCGGCGGCCGGCAAGCCCCUCGAGGCCUCGGUGGACGUGUCGCUGCCCUCGCUGCAGGCCGACGUGAAGACCAGUGACCUCAGCGUGCAGCUGCCCUCUGCCGACGUGGACGUCAAGGCCGGCGAGCUGGGCGUGAGGCUGCCCGCGGGCCAGCUGCCCGAGGGCCAGCUCCAGGGCCCCGCCGCCGGAGCCGGACUCAAGGGCCACCUGCCCAAGGUGCAGAUGCCCAGCAUCAAGAUGCCGAAAGUGGACUUCAAGGGCCCCCAGGUGGACAUCAAGGGGCCCAAGCUGGACGUGAGGGGCGCCAAGGGCGAGGUGACCGGCCCCGACGUGGAGGCGUCGCUGCCCGGCGUGGAGCUGGACAUCCAGGCGCCCGGCGCCACGCUGGAGGGCGACGUCGGCCUCGGGGACAAGGAGGGGGCCAGCAAGUUCAAGAUGCCCAAGUUCAAGAUGCCGUCCUUCGGCGUGUCGGCGGCCGGCAAGCCCCUCGAGGCCUCGGUGGACGUGUCGCUGCCCUCGCUGCAGGCCGACGUGAAGACCAGUGACCUCAGCGUGCAGCUGCCCUCUGCCGACGUGGACGUCAAGGCCGGCGAGCUGGGCGUGAGGCUGCCCGCGGGCCAGCUGCCCGAGGGCCAGCUCCAGGGCCCCGCCGCCGGAGCCGGACUCAAGGGCCACCUGCCCAAGGUGCAGAUGCCCAGCAUCAAGAUGCCGAAAGUGGACUUCAAGGGCCCCCAGGUGGACAUCAAGGGGCCCAAGCUGGACGUGAGGGGCGCCAAGGGCGAGCUGACCGGCCCCGACGUGGAGGCGUCGCUGCCCGGCGUGGAGCUGGACAUCCAGGCGCCCGGCGCCACGCUGGAGGGCGACGUCGGCCUCGGGGACAAGGAGGGGGCCAGCAAGUUCAAGAUGCCCAAGUUCAAGAUGCCGUCCUUCGGCGUGUCGGCGGCCGGCAAGGAGCUGGGGACGUCCGUGGACGUGCCGGCGCCCAAGGCCACGGCGGAGGUGAGCCUGCCCGCCGUGGCGGGCGAGGUGCGCGCCCCGGAGGGCGGCGUCCAGCUGCCGUCCGCGGACUUGGAGCUGCCGGGGGCCGAGCUGGAGGUGGCCCUGCCCGAGGGAGAGGUGGCGCUGGGCGAGCUGAAGGGCAGGGCCGACGGGGCCCGGUUCAAGGGCCACCUGCCCAAGGUGCAGAUGCCCAGCAUCAAGAUGCCCAAGGUGGACAUCAAGGGCCCCCAGGUGGACAUCAAGGGGCCGAAGCUGGACGUGAGGGGCGCCAAGGGCGAGCUGACCGGCCCCGACGUGGAGGCGUCGCUGCCCGGCGUGGAGCUGGACAUCCAGGCGCCCGGCGCCACGCUGGAGGGCGACGUCGGCCUCGGGGACAAGGAGGGGGCCAGCAAGUUCAAGAUGCCCAAGUUCAAGAUGCCGUCCUUCGGCGUGUCGGCGGCCGGCAAGCCCCUCGAGGCCUCGGUGGACGUGUCGCUGCCCUCGCUGCAGGCCGACGUGAAGACCAGUGACCUCAGCGUGCAGCUGCCCUCUGCCGACGUGGACGUCAAGGCCGGCGAGCUGGGCGUGAGGCUGCCCGCGGGCCAGCUGCCCGAGGGCCAGCUCCAGGGCCCCGCCGCCGGAGCCGGACUCAAGGGCCACCUGCCCAAGGUGCAGAUGCCCAGCAUCAAGAUGCCCAAGGUGGACAUCAAGGGCCCCCAGGUGGACAUCAAGGGGCCGAAGCUGGACGUGAGGGGCGCCAAGGGCGAGCUGACCGGCCCCGACGUGGAGGCGUCGCUGCCCGGCGUGGAGCUGGACAUCCAGGCGCCCGGCGCCACGCUGGAGGGCGACGUCGGCCUCGGGGACAAGGAGGGGGCCAGCAAGUUCAAGAUGCCCAAGUUCAAGAUGCCGUCCUUCGGCGUGUCGGCGGCCGGCAAGCCCCUCGAGGCCUCGGUGGACGUGUCGCUGCCCUCGCUGCAGGCCGACGUGAAGACCAGUGACCUCAGCGUGCAGCUGCCCUCUGCCGACGUGGACGUCAAGGCCGGCGAGCUGGGCGUGAGGCUGCCCGCGGGCCAGCUGCCCGAGGGCCAGCUCCAGGGCCCCGCCGCCGGAGCCGGACUCAAGGGCCACCUGCCCAAGGUGCAGAUGCCCAGCAUCAAGAUGCCGAAAGUGGACUUCAAGGGCCCCCAGGUGGACAUCAAGGGGCCCAAGCUGGACGUGAGGGGCGCCAAGGGCGAGCUGACCGGCCCCGACGUGGAGGCGUCGCUGCCCGGCGUGGAGCUGGACAUCCAGGCGCCCGGCGCCACGCUGGAGGGCGACGUCGGCCUCGGGGACAAGGAGGGGGCCAGCAAGUUCAAGAUGCCCAAGUUCAAGAUGCCGUCCUUCGGCGUGUCGGCGGCCGGCAAGGAGCUGGGGACGUCCGUGGACGUGCCGGCGCCCAAGGCCACGGCGGAGGUGAGCCUGCCCGCCGUGGCGGGCGAGGUGCGCGCCCCGGAGGGCGGCGUCCAGCUGCCGUCCGCGGACUUGGAGCUGCCGGGGGCCGAGCUGGAGGUGGCCCUGCCCGAGGGAGAGGUGGCGCUGGGCGAGCUGAAGGGCAGGGCCGACGGGGCCCGGUUCAAGGGCCACCUGCCCAAGGUGCAGAUGCCCAGCAUCAAGAUGCCCAAGGUGGACAUCAAGGGCCCCCAGGUGGACAUCAAGGGGCCGAAGCUGGACGUGAGGGGCGCCAAGGGCGAGCUGACCGGCCCCGACGUGGAGGCGUCGCUGCCCGGCGUGGAGCUGGACAUCCAGGCGCCCGGCGCCACGCUGGAGGGCGACGUCGGCCUCGGGGACAAGGAGGGGGCCAGCAAGUUCAAGAUGCCCAAGUUCAAGAUGCCGUCCUUCGGCGUGUCGGCGGCCGGCAAGCCCCUCGAGGCCUCGGUGGACGUGUCGCUGCCCUCGCUGCAGGCCGACGUGAAGACCAGUGACCUCAGCGUGCAGCUGCCCUCUGCCGACGUGGACGUCAAGGCCGGCGAGCUGGGCGUGAGGCUGCCCGCGGGCCAGCUGCCCGAGGGCCAGCUCCAGGGCCCCGCCGCCGGAGCCGGACUCAAGGGCCACCUGCCCAAGGUGCAGAUGCCCAGCAUCAAGAUGCCGAAAGUGGACUUCAAGGGCCCCCAGGUGGACAUCAAGGGGCCCAAGCUGGACGUGAGGGGCGCCAAGGGCGAGCUGACCGGCCCCGACGUGGAGGCGUCGCUGCCCGGCGUGGAGCUGGACAUCCAGGCGCCCGGCGCCACGCUGGAGGGCGACGUCGGCCUCGGGGACAAGGAGGGGGCCAGCAAGUUCAAGAUGCCCAAGUUCAAGAUGCCGUCCUUCGGCGUGUCGGCGGCCGGCAAGCCCCUCGAGGCCUCGGUGGACGUGUCGCUGCCCUCGCUGCAGGCCGACGUGAAGACCAGUGACCUCAGCGUGCAGCUGCCCUCUGCCGACGUGGACGUCAAGGCCGGCCGAGCUGGGCGUGAGCUGCCCGCGGGCCAGCUGCCCGAGGGCGAGCUGCAGGGCCCGGCCGCCGGGGCCGGACUCAAGGGCCACCUGCCCAAGGUGCAGAUGCCCAGCAUCAAGAUGCCGAAGGUGGACUUCAAGGGCCCCCAGGUGGACAUCAAGGGGCCCAAGCUGGACGUGAGGGGCGCCAAGGGCGAGGUGACCGGCCCCGACGUGGAGGCGUCGCUGCCCGGCGUGGAGCUGGACAUCCAGGCGCCCGGCGCCACGCUGGAGGGCGACGUCGGCCUCGGGGACAAGGAGGGGGCCAGCAAGUUCAAGAUGCCCAAGUUCAAGAUGCCGUCCUUCGGCGUGUCGGCGGCCGGCAAGCCCCUCGAGGCCUCGGUGGACGUGUCGCUGCCCUCGCUGCAGGCCGACGUGAAGACCAGUGACCUCAGCGUGCAGCUGCCCUCUGCCGACGUGGACGUCAAGGCCGGCGAGCUGGGCGUGAGGCUGCCCGCGGGCCAGCUGCCCGAGGGCCAGCUCCAGGGCCCCGCCGCCGGAGCCGGACUCAAGGGCCACCUGCCCAAGGUGCAGAUGCCCAGCAUCAAGAUGCCGAAAGUGGACUUCAAGGGCCCCCAGGUGGACAUCAAGGGGCCCAAGCUGGACGUGAGGGGCGCCAAGGGCGAGGUGACCGGCCCCGACGUGGAGGCGUCGCUGCCCGGCGUGGAGCUGGACAUCCAGGCGCCCGGCGCCACGCUGGAGGGCGACGUCGGCCUCGGGGACAAGGAGGGGGCCAGCAAGUUCAAGAUGCCCAAGUUCAAGAUGCCGUCCUUCGGCGUGUCGGCGGCCGGCAAGGAGCUGGGGACGUCCGUGGACGUGCCGGCGCCCAAGGCCACGGCGGAGGUGAGCCUGCCCGCCGUGGCGGGCGAGGUGCGCGCCCCGGAGGGCGGCGUCCAGCUGCCGUCCGCGGACUUGGAGCUGCCGGGGGCCGAGCUGGAGGUGGCCCUGCCCGAGGGAGAGGUGGCGCUGGGCGAGCUGAAGGGCAGGGCCGACGGGGCCCGGUUCAAGGGCCACCUGCCCAAGGUGCAGAUGCCCAGCAUCAAGAUGCCCAAAGUGGACAUCAAGGGCCCCCAGGUGGACAUCAAGGGGCCGAAGCUGGACGUGAGGGGCGCCAAGGGCGAGCUGACCGGCCCCGACGUGGAGGCGUCGCUGCCCGGCGUGGAGCUGGACAUCCAGGCGCCCGGCGCCACGCUGGAGGGCGACGUCGGCCUCGGGGACAAGGAGGGGGCCAGCAAGUUCAAGAUGCCCAAGUUCAAGAUGCCGUCCUUCGGCGUGUCGGCGGCCGGCAAGCCCCUCGAGGCCUCGGUGGACGUGUCGCUGCCCUCGCUGCAGGCCGACGUGAAGACCAGUGACCUCAGCGUGCAGCUGCCCUCUGCCGACGUGGACGUCAAGGCCGGCGAGCUGGGCGUGAGGCUGCCCGCGGGCCAGCUGCCCGAGGGCCAGCUCCAGGGCCCCGCCGCCGGAGCCGGACUCAAGGGCCACCUGCCCAAGGUGCAGAUGCCCAGCAUCAAGAUGCCGAAAGUGGACUUCAAGGGCCCCCAGGUGGACAUCAAGGGGCCCAAGCUGGACGUGAGGGGCGCCAAGGGCGAGCUGACCGGCCCCGACGUGGAGGCGUCGCUGCCCGGCGUGGAGCUGGACAUCCAGGCGCCCGGCGCCACGCUGGAGGGCGACGUCGGCCUCGGGGACAAGGAGGGGGCCAGCAAGUUCAAGAUGCCCAAGUUCAAGAUGCCGUCCUUCGGCGUGUCGGCGGCCGGCAAGGAGCUGGGGACGUCCGUGGACGUGCCGGCGCCCAAGGCCACGGCGGAGGUGAGCCUGCCCGCCGUGGCGGGCGAGGUGCGCGCCCCGGAGGGCGGCGUCCAGCUGCCGUCCGCGGACUUGGAGCUGCCGGGGGCCGAGCUGGAGGUGGCCCUGCCCGAGGGAGAGGUGGCGCUGGGCGAGCUGAAGGGCAGGGCCGACGGGGCCCGGUUCAAGGGCCACCUGCCCAAGGUGCAGAUGCCCAGCAUCAAGAUGCCCAAGGUGGACAUCAAGGGCCCCCAGGUGGACAUCAAGGGGCCGAAGCUGGACGUGAGGGGCGCCAAGGGCGAGCUGACCGGCCCCGACGUGGAGGCGUCGCUGCCCGGCGUGGAGCUGGACAUCCAGGCGCCCGGCGCCACGCUGGAGGGCGACGUCGGCCACGGGGACAAGGAGGGGGCCAGCAAGUUCAAGAUGCCCAAGUUCAAGAUGCCGUCCUUCGGCGUGUCGGCGGCCGGCAAGCCCCUCGAGGCCUCGGUGGACGUGUCGCUGCCCUCGCUGCAGGCCGACGUGAAGACCAGUGACCUCAGCGUGCAGCUGCCCUCUGCCGACGUGGACGUCAAGGCCGGCGAGCUGGGCGUGAGGCUGCCCGCGGGCCAGCUGCCCGAGGGCCAGCUCCAGGGCCCCGCCGCCGGAGCCGGACUCAAGGGCCACCUGCCCAAGGUGCAGAUGCCCAGCAUCAAGAUGCCCAAGGUGGACAUCAAGGGCCCCCAGGUGGACAUCAAGGGGCCCAAGCUGGACGUGAGGGGCGCCAAGGGCGAGCUGACCGGCCCCGACGUGGAGGCGUCGCUGCCCGGCGUGGAGCUGGACAUCCAGGCGCCCGGCGCCACGCUGGAGGGCGACGUCGGCCUCGGGGACAAGGAGGGGGCCAGCAAGUUCAAGAUGCCCAAGUUCAAGAUGCCGUCCUUCGGCGUGUCGGCGGCCGGCAAGCCCCUCGAGGCCUCGGUGGACGUGUCGCUGCCCUCGCUGCAGGCCGACGUGAGCCUGCCCGCCGUGGCGGGCGAGGUGCGCGCCCCGGAGGGCGGCGUCCAGCUGCCGUCCGCGGACUUGGAGCUGCCGGGGGCCGAGCUGGAGGUGGCCCUGCCCGAGGGAGAGGUGGCGCUGGGCGAGCUGAAGGGCAGGGCCGACGGGGCCCGGUUCAAGGGCCACCUGCCCAAGGUGCAGAUGCCCAGCAUCAAGAUGCCCAAGGUGGACAUCAAGGGCCCCCAGGUGGACAUCAAGGGGCCGAAGCUGGACGUGAGGGGCGCCAAGGGCGAGCUGACCGGCCCCGACGUGGAGGCGUCGCUGCCCGGCGUGGAGCUGGACAUCCAGGCGCCCGGCGCCACGCUGGAGGGCGACGUCGGCCUCGGGGACAAGGAGGGGGCCAGCAAGUUCAAGAUGCCCAAGUUCAAGAUGCCGUCCUUCGGCGUGUCGGCGGCCGGCAAGCCCCUCGAGGCCUCGGUGGACGUGUCGCUGCCCUCGCUGCAGGCCGACGUGAAGACCAGUGACCUCAGCGUGCAGCUGCCCUCUGCCGACGUGGACGUCAAGGCCGGCGAGCUGGGCGUGAGGCUGCCCGCGGGCCAGCUGCCCGAGGGCCAGCUCCAGGGCCCCGCCGCCGGAGCCGGACUCAAGGGCCACCUGCCCAAGGUGCAGAUGCCCAGCAUCAAGAUGCCGAAAGUGGACUUCAAGGGCCCCCAGGUGGACAUCAAGGGGCCCAAGCUGGACGUGAGGGGCGCCAAGGGCGAGCUGACCGGCCCCGACGUGGAGGCGUCGCUGCCCGGCGUGGAGCUGGACAUCCAGGCGCCCGGCGCCACGCUGGAGGGCGACGUCGGCCUCGGGGACAAGGAGGGGGCCAGCAAGUUCAAGAUGCCCAAGUUCAAGAUGCCGUCCUUCGGCGUGUCGGCGGCCGGCAAGGCGCUGGGGACGUCCGUGGACGUGUCGCCCCUCGAGGCCUCGGUGGACGUGUCGCUGCCCUCGCUGCAGGCCGACGUGAAGACCAGUGACCUCAGCGUGCAGCUGCCCUCUGCCGACGUGGACGUCAAGGCCGGCGAGCUGGGCGUGAGGCUGCCCGCGGGCCAGCUGCCCGAGGGCCAGCUCCAGGGCCCCGCCGCCGGAGCCGGACUCAAGGGCCACCUGCCCAAGGUGCAGAUGCCCAGCAUCAAGAUGCCGAAAGUGGACUUCAAGGGCCCCCAGGUGGACAUCAAGGGGCCCAAGCUGGACGUGAGGGGCGCCAAGGGCGAGGUGACCGGCCCCGACGUGGAGGCGUCGCUGCCCGGCGUGGAGCUGGACAUCCAGGCGCCCGGCGCCACGCUGGAGGGCGACGUCGGCCUCGGGGACAAGGAGGGGGCCAGCAAGUUCAAGAUGCCCAAGUUCAAGAUGCCGUCCUUCGGCGUGUCGGCGGCCGGCAAGCCCCUCGAGGCCUCGGUGGACGUGUCGCUGCCCUCGCUGCAGGCCGACGCCUCGGUGGACGUGUCGCUGCCCUCGCUGCAGGCCGACGUGAAGACCAGUGACCUCAGCGUGCAGCUGCCCUCUGCCGACGUGGACGUCAAGGCCGGCGAGCUGGGCGUGAGGCUGCCCGCGGGCCAGCUGCCCGAGGGCCAGCUCCAGGGCCCCGCCGCCGGAGCCGGACUCAAGGGCCACCUGCCCAAGGGGCAGAUGCCCAGCAUCAAGAUGCCGAAUGUGGACUUCAAGGGCCCCCAGGUGGACAUCAAGGGGCCCAAGCUGGACGUGAGGGGCGCCAAGGGCGAGGUGACCGGCCCCGACGUGGAGGCGUCGCUGCCCGGCGUGGAGCUGGACAUCCAGGCGCCCGGCGCCACGCUGGAGGGCGACGUCGGCCUCGGGGACAAGGAGGGGGCCAGCAAGUUCAAGAUGCCCAAGUUCAAGAUGCCGUCCUUCGGCGUGUCGGCGGCCGGCAAGCCCCUCGAGGCCUCGGUGGACGUGUCGCUGCCCUCGCUGCAGGCCGACGUGAAGACCAGUGACCUCAGCGUGCAGCUGCCCUCUGCCGACGUGGACGUCAAGGCCGGCGAGCUGGGCGUGAGGCUGCCCGCGGGCCAGCUGCCCGAGGGCCAGCUCCAGGGCCCCGCCGCCGGAGCCGGACUCAAGGGCCACCUGCCCAAGGUGCAGAUGCCCAGCAUCAAGAUGCCGAAAGUGGACUUCAGGGGCCCCCAGGUGGACAUCAAGGGGCCCAAGCUGGACGUGAGGGGCGCCAAGGGCGAGCUGACCGGCCCCGACGUGCGGGUGUCGGUUCCCGGCGUUGAGGAGGAUCUACAGGCUCAUAGUACCACGCAGGAGGGGGACAUCAUUUUCGUCAGCAAGGAAGGUGCCGUCAAGGGUAGCAAGUUCAAGUUGCCGAAGGUCAGCAUGCCUUUUUUUAGGUCCUCAUCUAGUAAGGCUGUGUUGCAGUCUGAAAUUCCUGGUGGCGCAAUUCCUGCUGAACCAGGCUCCGCUCCAGUCGACUCCCUUGACCCCGUGGGUCCAGCUGAUUAUUCUCUUUCCAUCGUCGAUCUUGAUGGGUCCUGUUCAGGCCACCAAACUUUAGAAAAGAGCAAAAUGAAGAAACCUCAGUUUAGAAAAUCCAAGGUGGUUUCUGCUCCUGAAAAGUCGCCUCAGAUCCCCAGUGCUGCUGAAGGCGGCCCCGAGUCUGGCCCUGCGUCUGCCGCGGCCACUACACGCCUGGCUGUUGGCACGUGUGUCGGGGCGUCUGGGGGUCCUCAGGAGCCCUCUGUGCGCAUGUCUCGACUGGGCUGGCCCAGUGCUUCGUCCGGCAGCUUCCAUAUCAGUGGUCAGCGUGCCGAGCCCUCUGCCAUCCAUUCAUGGGAGAGGGUCAUUCUUACAAAAUACCAGGUGACCCCCCCCACAGCCCCUGCCUCUGCGGAGCUUCCUGAGGAAGCCCCUUCUGAGACCCAGGGGGCAGCUCAGCACGUCAGCACAGGGUGCUCUGAAGAACCCCCGUCCUGGGAGAGUGUCCCUUUGUCCUCGGGCAGUCACCCAGGCCCGGUGGAUGCGCUGGUGGGCACGUCUGGUGGCCAGGUGACUUUUCCUAAAUUCCAUCGACCCAAGUUCAGGUUCCCAGGCCCCGAGACCUCAUCGGCCGAUGACAAGCCACAGGCCGGGGGGUGGGCCCUGUCUCCCACUAGUCCAGUGUGGGGACCAGACUCCGGGGAAGCCGCUGUGAGCUGGUGGUCAGGCACGCAGCCACCAUGCGCCAGUGUCUCUGUGUCCGAGGGGACAGAAGACCCCACAGGUUGUGCUAAGCCAUCAGCAGUGGCCUCAGGUAGGGGCCCAGCUGAAGACACUGAGCGUGAUGGGAAAAGCAGCUCCCUAAAAAUGCCGCGUCUCCGGCUCCCGUCCCUCCGGCGGUCUCCAAAGAAGGAGGCGGUGCCCAAAGCGGACCCUGGACAGAGGCCAGCUGUUGCAGCAGGUGGGCCUAGUGCCCCCGGGGAUGUACCUCCUGACAUGGACGGAGAGAAGGGGAGAGUGAAGACGUCCGGCUUUGCCGCGCCCAAACUGGUACUGCCCAAAAUGAAGCCUUCCAAGGGCGGGGACCCGGAGCCUCCCCUUGGCAGCGCCACUGGCUCCGCCGCAGGGCUGGCCCCUCAUGCCGUCACGGGGGUCAGCGCCGAGGGCGCUGCCAGUGGCAGGGGCCCCGCAUCUGGCCCCCUGGACAGAGCGGGCACCGAUGCCCCCCUGCCGCAGGCCCUCCGCCCCAGUGGGGGCUUUGCCGAGCCUGACCUUCCCCCGCCAGCCCCGGUGGCGGUGAGCCCGGCUGCAGGUGGCCUUCCCCCGCCGGCACACGGCCUGUCUCCUGGAGAGGGCAGCGAGGGGCAUGGGCUUGGGGCUGGCUCAGCCAGCCAGCCUCUGGGGGCGGCGGCAGCCCCCUCCACAGAAGCCCCCCUCCAGGCAGCCAGUAGCCCCGCAGCCCCCGCAGCCCCCGCAGUGGGAAUCAUGGACAGGGAUGCGGCAGCAGGAGCCGAGCCGGCCAGCUCACAGGACAGCUGGUUCUGGAUGCCCUCGCUCCGCCUGCCCAGUUUCUGGCGCUCCUCCAAGGAGCGGGGUGCCGCUGCCGGGCCCGGCACUCAGCGCGACACAGAGGCAGCAGCUACAGUCACAAGCCCCGGGGUCUGUGCCCCUGGGUCAGAGGUGGCUGCACCUGCGUCCCCACCGCCCCCAGAGGCAGAGGGAGAGGCGUUAAGGCCAAGCCUCGACAGCAGAGGCUGGCAGCCGUGCCUGCCCCCCGCCACAGUGUCCUCGGACGAGCUCCCUGCUGCUGAGCGCGCCAGGCCUGGCCCCCGCGACGGCUCCCUGCCCCGGCAGGUGGCUGGAGGGAGACCUUCCAAAACCCACGCUCCUCCGGGCGAAGCAGUCGAGACCUCUGCCGGGGGUGCCGGGAGAGCGGAGCGCCAGCCUUGCCCACCCGAAGGCCCUCUUACGCUGAAGGCUUCCAGGACCGACCUGCCGGCCCAGGUCUCCAUCAUCGACGUGCGGCAGGUCUGGGCGGGCUCUGUGCACACUGUCAAGUUCCCCGUGUUAAAGGUGCCCAGGUUCACCUUCCCGGCCCCCGGCCCUGAGGCCGGUGUCUGUGUCCCAGCCACGAGCGAGGUGUGGUGCAGGGACAGCAGCUGGGGCCGGGGCCUGGCCCUGCGUGAGGACAGCCCCGGCGUCGGGAGCACCAGCUUCCUGAAGGCAAGCGCUGGGGCCCCCGGGCAGCAGCCCGUGGCCCUUGACCUCCCCUCAGAUGCUUCCCCCGUUUCCAAGGUCAGGGUGCACAUUCAAGGCGCUGGGGUCGAGGGCCAAGAGGUCACCGGACACAGUGGGGUUGCAGCAGAUCUCGCCGACCUGCCGGGCCCGGAGGCUUUUUCCACUCAGAUCGUGCGUGAGGCGCAGGUGCCAGCCUCCCACAUCCAGACACCUUCCUACGGGUUCUCUUUGCUGAAGGGCAAGAUCCUGGAGGUACCGCUGCAGGCGCAGGUGCACCUGGUCUCUCUGGACGCUCAGGCCCCUGCGGGCUUGCCAGCAGCUGCCAGGCAGGCGGCCCCAGGAGCUGAGCCCAUUUGCAGAGCACUCCCGCCUGACGCUGGAGAACCGUUUGAGAUCCUCUCUUCCAGCGCCCACGUGCCGGGCCCACCGACGUCGGCGUGUGAAGUGCGCUCGGGCCCCCAGCUUGCAGACAGCUGUUCGGACGAGGAGCCUGCGGAAAUCCUCGAACUCACCCCUGACGUCGGCCCAGAUGACGAUGGGGCCCCCGCAGAGAAGGCUGGGAGCCAACGGCCCUCCGGCCGGUUCAGGUUUUGGCUCCCGAGCAUUGGGUUUUCUUCCUCUGUGGGUGACGCGAGCGCUGGCCCCGCAGAAGCCGCGCCAACCCCAGCUCCGCCUGCGCCCAUCCAGACGCAGCCCGAGGCCCGCCCCGGCGCGGAGCCUCCGAAGAAGCCCGAGAAGGCCGGCUGGUUCCGAUUUCCCAAGUUAGGGUUCUCCUCCUCUCCCAGCAAGAAGGGGGGAAGUGCUGGGGACGACGAGGCAGGUCUGGAGGAGCCGAAGCUCCAGGAAGAAGCGGUCACCUUUUUUGAUGCCCGAGAAAGCUUCUCCGUGGAGGAGCAGGAGGAUGGGGAGUCCACUGAGGCUGCAGGCGCCGGGCCCGCCCCCAGCGCCGGGAGGUCCGCGGCGAGAGCAACUUAGCCAGGCUGAAGCCGGGCCGAAAAGCCAGCGCUGAGCCCGCUACCAAGUGAGGCCGCAGCUGUGGCUCUCCAGGGGGGACAGAGGCACGAAGCCAGCGAG